CCUCUUCUACCACUGUCAACGGACGCCAGCUCCAAUUUAAAUACAGCAGAAUCUCUCUCUCUCUCUCUCUCUCCACCUCCCUCCUCCCUCCGUCGUUGUCUUCUAUUGCUUCUUUCUUUCUUCCUCUUCGACUGGAGUGGGAUUCUAGGGUUACGUUGUCGAAUCGAAGUCUAGGGUUCCGACUUCGGGUCCUUCGAACUGAGACUAUGCUAUAGUUCAGUCUGCAGACCCAUUAAAGAGCAGACCCUUCAAUUAUCUUACUGAUGAAGAUUGGAGGCAAUGCAUGGGAGAUUCCAUCUGGAUCCAAUGCCCGUCAUGGGUCAAAUGAUGCUAGUCUCUUUUCAAGCUCAUUGCCAGUCCUUCCUCAUGAGAAAUUGAAAUUUGCAGAUACAGAUGGAGUGCAGUCUGUGGAUGACGUCUCAUAUGAAUUAGAUAAGCUUAAAGAUGCUAUGAAUGAGGUUGACCUCCAGGAGCUUGGGAGCUUAUUACCUGAUGAUGAGGAAGAGCUUUUAGCAGGCAUUAUGGAUGAUUUCGACCUUAGUGGAUUGCCAAACCAAGUUGAGGAAUUGGAAGAUUAUGACAUCUUUGGUAGUGGAGGAGGCAUGGAAUUGGAUUCUGAUCCUACUGAGAGUGUAACUAUUGCUUUGGCAAGAACAAAUAUCAAUGAUGGGCAUGUGGGAAAUGGCAUUAGUCAUUAUGGCCUUCCAAACGGUGUCGGAACUAUUGCUGGUGAACAUCCUUAUGGAGAGCAUCCUUCUAGGACAUUAUUCGUGAGGAAUAUUAAUAGUAAUGUUGAGGACUCUGAAUUACGUGUUCUCUUUGAGCAAUUUGGGGACAUACGCACUUUGUACACUGCCUGCAAACACAGAGGUUUUGUGAUGAUUUCUUACUAUGAUAUCCGAGAUGCCAGAACUGCUAUGCGUGCAUUACAGAAUAAGCCUUUACGACGACGGAAAUUGGAUAUUCAUUUUUCAAUUCCAAAGGAUAAUCCAUCGGAUAAGGAUAUGAACCAAGGAACUCUAGUAGUUUUUAACUUGGAUCCAUCGGUCUCAAAUGAUGACCUUCUUCGUAUAUUUGGUGUAUAUGGAGAAGUGAAGGAGAUAAGAGAGACGCCACACAAGAGGCAUCAUAAGUUUAUUGAAUUUUAUGAUGUCAGAUCUGCAGAAGCAGCCCUUCGCUCAUUGAACAGGAUAGACAUAGCUGGCAAACGCAUAAAGCUGGAACCUAGUCGACCUGGCGGAACCCGUAGAAACUAUAUGCAGCAGUUGACCCAAGAUAUGGAACUAGAGGAAACCAGAAGUUAUAGGCAUCCAGUGGGUUCACCUUUAACUAGCUCACCUCCAGGUGCCUGGGCACAAAUCGGCAGCCCAGGUGAGAGCAGUCCAUUGCAAGAUAUUAGUAGGUCUCCAGUGGACACUCAUCUUGGGGGAAACCAUUUGCCUGGAUUGGCUUCUGUACUUUCCCCCCUAGUAUCCAGCUCUAUGAAGAUUGCACCUAUUGGAAAAGAGCAAAGGAGAACUAAUUAUACUGACCCAAUGUUUGCCAAAACUAGUGCAUCACAAGGGAUGUCAUUUCAACAUCCUCGCUCCUUUCCAGAUAACAGCAGUGGAAUAAUGCAGAACAUGGGCUCAAGCCCCAGAAGUCUGUCUUCUUUUGGUCCCUCAACUUUUAAUGCAUCUGGCAUUGGAACUUUGAGUGGACCGCAGUUUCUAUGGGGCAGUCCUACUCCCUACUCAGAGACUUCCCAGUCUUCUGCUUGGAAAUCUCCAUCUACAGGACACUUAUUAACAGCCAACGGUCAUGGGCUGGGAAAAUCUCAGGGAGUUCUCUACCCUAAUCACCCUGGCGCCUUCCUUGCUUCAUCACAAAGUCACCAUCAUUCUCAUCAUAUAGGGUCUGCUCCAUCUGGUUUUCCUUUCGAGAGGCACUUUGGUUACUUUCCUGAAUCACCAGAUGUUUCUUUCAAAAGUCCAGUUUCCUUGGGAGGUGUUGGAACAAGCCAAAAUGAGGGAAAUUUAAUGAUGAAUUAUGUUCGCCGUCCAAUAAAUCCUGCGGCUUCACUAUCAGGAAACAUCUCCGAGACUGGUUCACCAAAUUUCAGAAUGUUGCCAUCACAGAGAAUGGGGCCUGGCUUUUAUGGGAGUGUGCCAUAUCCUGGCUAUGGAACCAUUGGCUUUGAGGGUUUAUUAACUGAACAAAGCCGUAGUCGGCGAGUUGAUAACGGCGGGAGCCAACUUGAUAGCAAGAAGCAAUAUCAGCUUGAUUUGGAAAAGAUUGUCAGUGGAGAAGAUACAAGGACGACUUUGAUGAUAAAGAACAUUCCAAAUAAGUAUACAUCGAAGAUGCUGCUGGCAGCUAUUGAUGAAACUCACAAGGGGACUUAUGAUUUUGUUUACCUGCCAAUAGAUUUUAAGAAUAAAUGCAAUGUCGGUUAUGCUUUCAUAAACAUGGUGUCUUCUUCUCACAUUGUCUCAUUCUACCAGACAUUCAAUGGGAAGAAGUGGGAGAAAUUUAACAGCGAGAAAGUUGCAUCUCUGGCAUAUGCACGAAUCCAGGGCAAAGCAGCACUUGUCAGUCAUUUCCAGAAUUCAAGCUUGAUGAAUGAGGAUAAACGGUGCCGUCCUAUUCUGUUCCAAGGAUCAGAAGCUGCUGAUCAGGAACUAUUCUCACCAAAUGGUAUGGAAGUUCGUGCAUUCGAUCAAGAUGCCAGUGUCUUUGGAGACUCACCAGAAAGCUCAAUGAAGAAAAGCCAAAUCGAGAACCCUGGUGGAAUUAUAGAAAUUUGAGAAAAGCAAACCAGGUGCAUGGGGUACUAACUGUCACAAGUGUACAAAAUAAAGUUUGUUUUUUGGGGGGUUUGAGAAAUAUGCAGCUGCAAAUGUACAAAAGGGCGGAGCUGCGUUUAAUUUGUAUAGCUGACAGCGGUUACAUGCUAGACCUCGUAAAGGAAUAGGCUGGAGGAACCAUAUAGAUUCUUCCGCUUGCUUCUUUUGCUCUCUCCUGGUGCAUUAUUUAUGUAAGUUAUCAUGGAGAUUGGAAGGGUAUAUUAUUCACUGGGAUGUAACUGGAUUUGUGUAGAUUUUUGGUCCUUUUCUUUUGGGGAGUUGUUUUAUGUACCGAGUACAAGUCUAUGAGAAACUGUUGAUUUUGCGUUGUACAGAUGAAACUGAAAUAAUGAAGGGAUAUUUAUGCAACUA